AUGGCGGACAGCAGCGCGCGGGUGACGCCGGUGCGGUCGGGCGGCGAUGAUACGCGCGCGAUCAAGGCGCGGCUCCUGUCCGUGCUUGGGGACAAGGCAGAAGAGUACUGGGCGGCGCUCAGCGCGCUCUGCACCGCCGCGAUAAACCGCGAAGAGUUUCAGGAGCGCGUCGAGGCGUGGCUGCCGGAAGAAUAUUUACCCCUGCACAAUGCGCUGAUUCUGAGCAUGCUUUCUGCGGCGACUGCGCGCCCCCGGCAUGCGGCGCGCGGCGUGCAGGGCAUGCACGCCCCCACGAGUCCGAUCCGCGCGAGCGACGCAACGCUGUACGAGCUCGACUCGGACUCGGACUUGGAGCGCGAGCCGCCGGUGCACGGGAUCGACCGCAGCAGCCACAAGCGCCUGCGGCACAUGUACGCGGGUCUGUCGCAGCGCGAGCGUGCGCGUCUCGAGCACCUGCCGAAAAGCGGCCAGGGCGGUGUGCACACCGCCGCGACCGUGUGGGCCGGCGCCGGCGCCGAGCUCCUGGAAAAGAAACGCAAAGAAGACGAAAAGCGCAAGGCCGUCGAGGAGCGGCGGCGCACACGCGAGGUCAAGACCGCGGUCGGCGCCCCCUCCUGGCGGACGCACGCGGUGCAGAGCGCGGUGCAGACCGAUGCGGCGCGUGCGCGCCUGUCGAAUGCGAUGCAGGAGGCGUUCCUGCGCGGGGUCGUUGUGCCGUACUGCGUCGAGACGCACGAGCUUCCCGACGUGCACACGCUGCAGGACCGCAUGACGCUCACAGCCGUCGAGGCGGGCCUGUCGGACGGCGUGCACGUCCAGGCCGCCGCUGUGGUCCUUGCGGCGCUCGAGGACCACCUGCGCAACAUUAUCAGCAGCGCACUGGGGCGCGUGCGCGCAGAGCACGCCCAGGGCGACGCCGCGCCGACGUACGGGCGCCUGACGAUGCCCGACAUGGCCGCGCUCCUCGACCUGUCUCCCCACGUCGUCGUCGAGCCGCUCGGCCAGGGCUCGCUCGAGCGCCUCCUUGCGGCGGACGCGGACGAGAUGGACGACGGUCACGUAUCGUGGGCGCCAGACGACGCGCUCGCGCGGUACGCACGCGAGUGCGCCACCGCCAAGCUCGCGGAUACCGCGGCGCUGCACGACACGCCGAGCGAGCCGCAGGACGCUGCGGCGCAGCUGCGCCGCCGGCAGCAGCAGCAGCGCGACGCGGUGCGCAACCAGGUGCUCCUCGACCAGCUCGCGCCGCUCCGCAUGCUUGACCGCCCGGCGCUGGCCGAGGCGGGCGCGCUGCACGAAGACAUUGCGACCGAGGCACGGCGCGCGAACGCCACCACGGCCCUCGGCCAGGCGAUCGCACAGCAUUACCUUGCGCCGCCGCAUCACCACCACCACCACACGAACCCCAACCCGAACCACCGGCACAAGGACGAGUACUUUGACGUGGUGGACCCCGUUGCGCUGCUGGGGCGCCUGUGUGAAUAA